GACCUGUAUUUCUCAUCCACUAGAUAAAAGGAGAGGGAUGGUCAUAAUGGUGUAAUUGAACAGGGGACCUCUCACACACCAAACCAACCAUUAGACSAAGAGAAAAWCCUUGAGGUCUCAAAGUGACAUUUGGGCAUAAAACUCUCAGGCACGACUACCUCAUCACGAAGGCGUGGCGAUUCCAAAUAACCMCUACUACAAUGGCAACCACAGCCCCUACGCCGGUGCCUCUGACGGUCCUGUGUCGCUGGUACCUGUACGCCAUCCACGGCUACUUCUGUGAGGUCAUGUUCACCGCYGCCUGGGAGUUUGUGGUCAACCGCGACUGGAAGUUCCCUGGUGUUACCAGUGUGUGGGCUCUGUUCAUCUACGGGACCUGCAUCCUCAUUGUGGAGCACAUGUACCUGUCCCUCCGAGCUCUCCACUGCCCCCUGCUGCUGCGAUGCCUCAUCUAUACCCUAUGGACGUACAUCUGGGAGUUCAGUACAGGGCUGUUGUUGACCCAGUUCGGGGCAUGUCCCUGGGAUUAUUCCCAUUUUCAGUAUAACUUCAUGGGGUUGAUCACGGCAGAGUACGCCCUGCCAUGGUUCUGUGCRUCGUUCAUGAUGGAGCAACUGGUUAUACGCAUCACACUGCGGCUAAGGAUGGACACAGACGGAACAGAGGGCGUCAAGUCUGAUGCAGGCGGGGGAGAAGAUGGGGGAGGAGGGGGGAGGAGACAACGGGGUGAACAAGGAGGUACAGAGGUCAAUGGUUUCCUGAAAGUGGACUGAGGACUGAGUAAAGACACUGAGGUCCGGUUUUAAAGACACUGAUAAACCUAAUAGUGGACUAAAAAGCCUUCUCAAUGGAUAAUCUCUAUUGAAAGUGCUUUUUAGUCCAGGACUAGGCUUAAUCUGGGUCCAGAAAACGGUCCCUGAAUCGUAACUCUUCCUUCUGGGAAAUGUACACUGUAUUUUUAUUUAACAACAUUCAAAGUACUGUAGUUAUGUAUCUUCAGGUUGCAAUCUGAAGUAAGUUCUGUGUUGACUAUCACAUUUGACUGGGUCCUAAAGCAAUGCAAUAGCUUCAAUUAAUUUGUCAUGUGGAGAAUGUUUUUCUAAAGUUAGUGAUAUAGUUCUGUAUGCACUGCAGUCUGGUUCAAAAGGCAAUUCAUUUAGAGUAGUCUACAACUCAGUUAGGUGUACUCUUAUAAUGUACUGUAUGUAUUGCACAUGAUUUAGAGUAGUCUACAACUCAGUUAGGUGUACUCUUAUAAUGUACUGUAUGUAUUACACAUGCCCUAGCCUGCUAUAUGAAUGAUGUCUCAGGUACCUACAUUAACUGUGGGCUGUAUCUACUGUUCUUCCAAAUGAAUGAAAUCAGGAUUUCUAUGUUCAGAACCAGAACCUUGGCAAUGUCUAGAGUUACCCUCUUGUGGAUUUGCACUCUAACCCCAUUUGUCAUUUUAUUUUACCUUUAUUUAACUAGGCAAGUCAGUUAAGAACACAUUCUUAUUUACAAUGACAG